CGCCCAGUCUGUCCAAGAUGGCUUACCAGACGUUUCAACAGGAAUAUUUUCAGAUUCCUGUUGUAACUAGGGCAUACACCACCGCUUGUGUUCUGACUACUGCCGCUGUGCAACUGGAACUCAUCACACCUUUCCAGCUAUACUUCAAUCCCGAUUUGAUACUUAAAAAUUAUCAGGUAUGGCGACUUGUUACCAAUUUUCUGUUUUUUGGUCCAGUUGGUUUCAACUUCUUAUUCAAUAUGAUUUUUUUAUAUCGGUACUGUCGGAUGCUGGAGGAGGGCUCGUUUAGGGGCCGUACUGCCGACUUUGUCUUCAUGUUCCUGUUUGGUGGCCUGCUCAUGACUAUAUUUGGCACCUUUGUGAGUCUAGUGUUCCUGGGUCAGGCCUUCACCAUUAUGCUGGUGUACGUGUGGAGCCGACGCAACCCGAAUGUUCGCAUGAACUUCUUCGGCCUGCUUAACUUCCAAGCCCCUUUCUUGCCCUGGGUGCUCAUGGGAUUCUCUUUGCUGCUGGGCAACUCCAUCAUUGUGGAUCUUCUAGGUAUUGCUGUAGGACAUGUGUACUUCUUUUUGGAGGAUGUAUUCCCAAAUCAGCCUGGGGGUGGCAGAUGGCUGAAGACCCCGACCAUUCUAAAGAUGCUGUUUGACACCCCAGAGGAAGAUGCAAAUUAUAACCCUCUUCCAGAAGAACGCCCAGGAGGCUUUGCCUGGGGGGAGGGACAACGCCUUGGGGGCUAGGCCGCCCUCCCAUCCCUGCAUCAGUCUUGCAGACAUUUCUUCAGAGAGCUAUGAAAGACUCCUUUCUUCUUCUACCCGUUUCUCUUGCUCUGGAUUCAGAGUGCGAAUUACCCUCUGUGUACCAGCAGGAUUUGCGGUUGUCUGUGUGUGAGGCAUGUGUCUCCCUCAAACUGUCGACCAUAUCGUUCAGUCAGUCAGACUGUCACUAAAGAUUGUGUGAAAGGGCACGACAAUGUCAGAAACUCCAGACGGGACUAUGGACAGCGGGUCCGUGGCUGUCUUCAUCUUGUCCAUUUUUAAUAAUGUAGAUCAAAUGAACAUUAAUGAUCUGACGACAGAGAGAAGAAAAAAAUUGUGGAGCGGUUCUGAUCUUCACAGCCUUUUUUCAGUUUUAUGUUUUUUUUUUUUUUUUAAAGAAUAAAUGUAUGUAAAAAGUAUAAAUGUGGCAGAGGAACAUGUGUUUUCUGUGUCUUUUUUUCCACAGCUGCAGAGCCAUUUUGGCCAAUAUUGCAGUACAAAGCAGACUUUUAUUUCCUAUGUUCAAAGAAUCUUGUAGAUUGGAUAGUAAUUCCAGUUCUAAUGUGGAGGUCAGUGGUCUAGAGCUAUAAACUCAAGGUUUAAGACCUGGGAAAGUUUGUCAGUUGGCCCUGUAAGAGUACCCUGUU